UGAUAGUAUAUAACAAUCAUAUCUUAUACAAAUCAGUACCCAUCUGUGGCAAAACGCUUGAGAGCCCUUAGCAUUUAAAAGUAAAUUUGCUAGCAUGUUGCUAAACCCAUAUUCAGCCCCACAGCCCAUGGGGGUUAUCCGGGGUGAUUCAAAGAUAAGAGAAAAUAUCUUGGGUGACGUGCUUCAUGUGCUUCUUGACAGCCUGCUGUUUGCUAUUCGAUGAGCAUGCGCAAUGCAUAGUAAACUGAAAACAUUCCCGGUGCGGCUCUUGCGCGGAGUCCGGUUGCCCAUAUAACGGUGCCUGCUGCUGAAAGUGGCACGAAGGCCCUUUCCGACUCACUUGCUCACUCACUAUAUUACAAGGAAUACAAGGCCAUAAUCUACCUUGCUUUGUAGUCAGACUCCCUUGACGUCUGCGAAACAGGAAGUAUAUAUCUCAUUGUCAGCUGUGACGGUUGCUAGCUAGUGUCAUGACUUCCAUCGGGCCGCUGAUGGACACGCACCGGCCAAGACACCGACCUUUCCUGAUCGGUGUGAGCGGAGGAACGGCCAGUGGCAAGUCCACAGUGUGUGCUAAGAUCAUGGAGCUGCUUGGGCAGAACGAAGUGGACCAGCGCCAGAGGAAGGUGGCCAUCGUCAGCCAGGACAGCUUCUACCGUGUGCUCACCCCAGAUCAGAAGGCCAAAGCACUGAAGGGCCAGUAUAACUUUGACCACCCAGAUGCGUUUGACAACGAGCUGAUGUAUCAGACUCUGAAGGACAUAGUGGAGGGAAAAGUGGUGGAGGUUCCUACAUAUGACUUUGUCACUCAUUCAAGAUUGCCAGAGAGGCUAACAGUGUACCAGGCAGACGUGGUUCUGUUUGAAGGGAUCCUGGUGUUCUACCAUCCACACAUCAGAGACAUGUUCCACAUGAAGCUGUUCGUAGACACAGACUCUGAUGUUAGACUCUCCCGCAGAGUUCUUAGGGAUAUGAAGAGAGGUCGUGACCUGGAGCAGAUCCUAUCACAGUACACAACCUUUGUCAAACCUGCCUUUGAAGAGUUUUGCCUUCCUACUAAAAAGUAUGCUGAUGUCAUCAUUCCGCGUGGAGUGGACAACAUGGUGGCCAUUAAUCUCAUCGUCCAGCACAUUCAGGACAUUCUGACCGGUGACCUCUGUAAAUGGCAGAGGGGUGGGGUCAAUGGGCACAGUCAUGGGCGGGGCUUCAAGCGGGGCAUCCCAGAGGAGGACAUGCCCAAUGGAGCGAGCAGCACACACCCGCACGUACCCAGCAAACGCCCCUUACUAGAGCCCAGCACGCGGCCACAUUGAGGAGUAUGCAAGCAUACACACACACACACGCAGAAUGCCUGUUACUUGAUUGUAGUACACAAACCCAGUAAUUUGUAGAUAUCCACAUUAUUUUAGGUACCUCAUCAAGAAUCACUGUAUCUAUCAUCACAAAUGAGUUAUUCUCAUCUGAAAAUCACUUCUUCUUCCCAACUCUACUACUACACACACACACACACACACACACACACACACACACACACACAGUGAGAGGAAAAGGCUGUUCCUCCAGUGGGAGGAAGCGUUUUGUAAACGCUGCCGACACGUUACUGAAAUGCCUUCAUGUGAGUGUUUGUCUCAGUGGAGCGCCCCUGAACCUGCCGGGGGUGCCCCGUCCUUUACACGGAAUCCUGCUGUAGCUCCUCUCUUCUGGAACAUUCUCUCAUCUUGCCAGGGCAGCUGCAUCAACAGUCAGGAAGAGCAGCAGGCUCAGGUGCAGAGCACUGAUCUAUAAAGCGUUUGGACAGGCUUGUGUGGAGGCUCUGGAAGGAGGGCAGUAUUGUUCAGCAAUAUUGUUCUCAUGUGCUCUGAUACUGCUGGUUUGGAUUUUAACAGGGUUUUUAACUUCUGAGCUGUCUGACUGUUUUCUCAAAAUGAGUUUAAAUGCACGUUUUGUUCCUUGUGGAAAUGUUUUGUCUUGUAUAUCAUCACUAUAUAAACUAAUUUAUUGAUUAGUCAUUUAAUAUAUUAAGUUGUACAGUCUUCCAAUGGAAAAUCCAUGUGAUUGAUUGUCAAGUUUUUUUAUUAAAACAUUUCCAUUCUUUAUAAUAUAUUCAGACAAUUAAAGAUUGACAAGUAUUUCGUU